CUUUCUAUAGAGCUUUAGCUCGAUCUGUGUAUGGCUGGCUUAGACUUGGGCUCAGCAUCUUCUCGCUUUGUUCAACACCUUAACCUCCAAAGACAACACAACAACGACGAUGAUCAUGAAGAAAACGACCACAACAACAACAAUAUUCCACAAGAGCUCGAGCUGGUCAACCCUAACCCCACUGGUUCAGGCGAUAUUGGGGGUCGCAGACCAAGAGGUCGACCCCCAGGUUCCAAAAACAAGCCAAAACCUCCUGUGAUAAUCACAAGAGAAAGUGCAAACACUCUCCGAGCUCAUAUCUUGGAGGUCACAACCGGCUGCGACGUGUUUGACUCCAUCGCCACCUAUGCUCGCAAGCGUCAACGUGGGAUCUGUGUUCUAAGCGGGACGGGGACCGUCACAAACGUAAGUCUCCGGCAACCCUCAGCUUCUGGCGCCGUUGUCACGCUACCAGGCCGUUUCGAGAUACUAUCACUGUCAGGUUCUUUCCUACCACCUCCUGCUCCGCCUGGCGCCACUAGUUUGACCAUAUAUUUGGCUGGAGGACAAGGGCAAGUCGUCGGAGGUAACGUCGCCGGAGCUUUGAUCGCCUCAGGACCUGUCAUCAUCAUUGCUUCGUCGUUCACUAAUGUGGCUUAUGAGAGGUUGCCGUUAGAUGAGCAAGAAGAAUCAUCGCUACAGCAAGAUCAGCAGCAGCAGCAGCAGCAGCAAGUCUCACAAUCCUAUGGUGGUGGUGGAAUUAAUAAUCCAUUUCCGGACCCGUCUUCGGGGCUGCCGUUCUUUAAUCUGCCGCUUAACAUGCCGAAUGGUGGUCAGUUAUCGGGCGAUGGUUGGGCCGGGAACUCAGGUGGACGGCAGCCUUAUUAAUUGACCUAAUUUGGUUCAGGAGAAUUAAGGUUAGGGCAUCCCUUUUAGACCUCAAAAUCUUUGUACAAUUACUAAUCAUCUACUGUGUACUUGCUUGUUUAAUUUGCUGUGCUUGUUA